AUGCAAAUACGAGAUGACGUCCUGUCGGCCUUUCUACAGGUCUUGUUUCAGAACUUGUUCUCUCUUCUAUCAGAGGAGGGGAGGUUGGUCUACGGAGCUGAGGAAGAACUUAGAAAUCUCAAGGACGUUCUCCCCAGGAUUCAAGCUGUCCUUAGGGAUGCAGAGGAGAGGCCUCCCACAGGCGAAGCAGAGAAAUUGUGGCUGAACGAGCUCAGGGGCCUCGCCUAUAAGGCAAAUGAUGUGUUGGAUGAGUUUGCCACCGAAGUUCAACGCCGGAGUGUGAUCCCAUAUGCACAGGUACGCAACUCCUUGUCCUUCGUCAAUCCUAAGCGUGGCUUCUUCUGGCUCAGAAUGUCCCAUAAAAUUAAACCCAUAGCCAAGCAACUGGAUGUCAUCGCAAACAGUCGGAAUCUGAGAGUGGGGGAUGGAAUGACGCAUCGAGAAGAGCGUGGCGACGUCCGUCCUGAGAGCAGCUCACUACUUGAUCCUUCGUUACCUCUUGGCAGGGAGAGCGAUAAGCAAAGGAUAGUACAACUGUUG